AUGGGCUCCGCAGCGCCAAAUCCGUUCCAGCACGCAUAUUCACAAUCACAAUUACAAUCGCAAUCACAGUCACAAUUAUUAUCACAAUCACAAUCACAAUCACAAUCACAAUCACCAUCACAAUUACAAUCACAACCAGAACCACAACCACAAUCCAACGGCACCUUUCAAAAUCCGACAUCGCCUACAACGGCGGCACCCGCUUCUUACGCCUACGUCAGCGUCCAUAAUCCCACUAACCAAAACAGCAUCACACAUCUGACAUUACCCAGAAGCUCUUUGUCACGCUCGCCCUUCUUUAGGACAAAACUAGAGAACCUCUCUUCAGAACUCGAUCUCCCCGUUGUGCACAUUGUUGCCGACCCGGUUCAUUUUAAGAUCGUAGCCCGUUGGAUGACCACUAACGGUGUCUUAAACGGGAGUGGACGCUUACCUAAUCUCAAUACGCUCUGCAGACUAGCCUUCCUAGCUGACCGGCUUGAUCUAUGGGAGCUGGUUGGCCAGCUGCUGAGCAUGGUGAAGGCCGGCCAAUUCGAAGGUGAUGGAAGUAAGGCGCCUAGUCAUGCCGAGAUGUACCAGCAUACGAGACCGGGGAAUCCAUUCCGCAAUUACGCUGCGGUGGAUUACGCCAAAAGGUUGUCCGUCGGAUCACCAGCACCGGGGCUAUCCACAAACCUGCCGGCCGCGAUGCUGAUCGACGUUGUGAACAUCCUGGUACAGCAUCACCAACAGCUCAAGAACGAGGCCGAGGCGUUGAAGCAAAAGAUUCAGUCUCUGCAAUCGGACAUCCAGGGCACGCAAGAAAAAAAUGAGGCCGAAAAGCAGAAAUUUUGCAUAGAAGCGGAGCUGAAUAAAGAAGUCAGUCUCAAAGCGAAAUACGACGCGAGAUACAAUGCAAAGCUUUCGGAAGCUUUAGCGAGCAUGAAGAGUUCUAUCGAGUCACAGUUUAACGCAAAGAUUGUGCAGGCUAAAAAAGACUUAGAGGAUAAACACGCCAAGGAUCUUGAAAAAUACAGGCAAGCCUCCGUCAACCCUUCAUCCUCGCGGACUGGGCAGCCCGGGAACCAGGCGGAUACGACAGCCAAUUUUGAAAAGCAGUUUGACGAGCGGUAUCAGAAGCUGGUCAAGGAAUCCAAUGAGCGCAAUCUCGAACACAGUGUAGCUGUCGCAGAGCUUGAAAAAACAUAUAAUUCAAAAAUAACUCGACUUCAAAAAGAGAUCGCGAUCUUAAAGAGCAAUGCCGAUCCGGGACUGGUACCGGUUCUAGAACACCCAAGGGCUCACAGUGAAGAGGCUGAUUCGCGGACAAUGGGAGAGCUUGCUCAGGCCUUGAAAGAGAGCCAAGCCGAAACAAUGAGGUUGAAAAAAAGCGAAGACCAAAGCGAGGCCAAAAUCAACGAGUUAUCACAAAACAUUCUUGACGCGGAGAGCACACGUCUGAAUGAGAUCGAGGCUCUGCGGGCAACCAUCGAAGCCAACGAAACCCGGAGCAGAAACGCGAUUGCGGAUGCGGAAAGCCGAUGCGCCGAAGCCAAACGCCUGCAUCAGGAUUACCAGAUCGAGAUCGCUGCCUUGGAAACCGCCGCGGUAUUAUUGCAGAACCCAAACCCAGGAUCUGAUGGCAGCCACCGAAAGAAGAGCCAGCAGGGCCUUGACGAGCCGGAGACAGCAAUUACCGCACUGGAGGCCAAAUACACGCAGCUGGAACGGGCAUACAACGACCUGGCCGAUGAUAAAGAGAACGAAGUGGCCGAACUCCACCGAAAGCUGAUCGAUUGCGAAGAGCGCAACAGGCUGGAAGUAGAGCAUAUCCAGAAACUCCUCGACGAUAUACGGCAGCGGUCCGAAAGCGAUCUCGCCGCCCAGAAGAUGAUGAUGGAAAGCACGGACGAGCAGGCGCGGCGCCGGAUAUCGGGUCUGCAGAAUAAAAAGAAUGAGAUGCAAGCGACGAUUGAUCGGCUGCAGAAGGAGGUCGAUGACUUGAAAGGAGAAGAAGACGGCGUGAAAGGGGAAGAGGCCCAGAAAAGGAAGAGCCUGAAAAGGAGUAGCGAAGAGGCGGCGGGCCAAGAGCCGAGUCGGGAUGGAGGAAGUAAUAAAAGGGGCCGCUCUGGAACUCUUCCACGGCGUUGA